ACGGGUUUGGUGCAUUUCGCUUGUUGAUUACCAAUCCCGUGGCGGUGCACAAACUGCGUAAAAAGAAGACGCGGAUAUUCCGGACAAAGUGACAUAUCAGGAAUCUCAGAACUAUAAACAAAUAAAAAAGGGAAGUCUGAUCACUCUGUAAAGACAAGGAAUCGGUUUACGUGUGACAGACCAUAAAGUGUUAAACCACAAUGGGGAUCUUCAUCGGCGGUCUCGUGGCCGUGAUCUUCUUCUACAUCCUCAUCCUGGUCAUAGGAAUCGUGGCGGCGCGCAGGUCCGGACACUUCUUCACAAACAUCGACUCAAAAGAGGUGAUGCUAGCUGGACGCAAGAUAGGACUGUUUGUGGGCUGUUUCACAAUGACAGCGACAUGGGUCGGUGGCGGCUUCAUCAACGGAUCAGCGGAGGCUGUGGUCAAAGAUGGGUUGGUGUGGUGCCAGGCGCCACUCGGAUAUGGCAUCGCCCUCAUGUUCGGUGGGUUUUUCUUCGCUAAGAAAAUGCGUUUUCGCGAGUACAGCACCAUGCUGGAUCCGUUCGAGAGGAAGUUUGGCAGCGUGGUGGCCAUGCUGCUCUACCUACCAGCACUGGCCGGCGAGAUAUUCUGGUCUGGAGCCAUACUCAACGCACUGGGUGGUACGCUGGCGGUCAUCCUCGACCUGCAGAUGAGCAUCUCCGUGAUCAUCUCGGCGGCCAUCAGCCUCCUGUACACGCUGGCGGGCGGACUCUACUCCGUCGCCUACACCGACGUCAUCCAGCUCAUCCUCAUGUUUAUAGGACUGUGGCUGAGUAUUCCAUUCGCUUUGACGAACGACAACGUGCCGGCUAUCACCACCAACUCCAGCGCUGUGUGGGUUAAAGAGCUGACGACUGCAGACAUCGGAGUUUACGUUGAUACAGGGUUACUCCUCAUUUUUGGUGGAAUUCCAUGGCAGGUUUAUUUUCAACGAGUGUUGUCAGCAAGAAGCCCGUCUGUGGCGCAGGGUCUGUCCUUCGUUGCCGCCUUCGGCUGCGUUGCCAUGGCAAUACCAGCAGUACUUAUAGGAGUAAUAGCUGCUGAAGCAGACUGGACCAAGACAGAAUACACUGGUGACAUCCACAACAAUACGGAGCUGGUCCUGCCACUGGUUCUGCGAUAUCUCUGUCCCAGCUGGGUAGGAGUUAUCGGCCUUGGCGCCGUCUCUGCCGCUGUCAUGUCGUCGACGGAUUCGUCCAUGUUGUCUGCCAGCUCCAUGUUUGCCAACAACGUGUUUUGUCCCAUAUAUAAAUUAUGCAUGUCCAAGAUGCCGUCUGGAACGAUAUUGGUGUGGAUCAUGCGACUGAUGCAGGUGGUUCACGCCGUGUGCUCCUGCGUCCUGGCUCUUGAGUACCAGUCCAUCUACGUGCUCUUCUACCUGUGCUCCGACCUCGUCUACGUGAUGCUGUUUCCCCAGCUCACCUGCGCCAUGUACCUGAAAGACUCCAACACGUACGGGUCACUGGCCGGCUUCGUUACCGGCCUCCUGUUUCGGAUCCUGGGCGGCGACAGUGACCUGCACAUAGAUUCCGUCAUCAAGUACCCGUGGUACACCGAGGCAAGCGGACAGCGGUUCCCCUUCAAGACAAUAGCCAUGCUCAUCUGUAUGUUUACCAUCAUCAUUGUGUCGUACAUCGCCAAGUUUCUGUUCGAAUAUGGAUGCUUGCCCAGGUAUAUGGACAUCUUCAACUGCUUCCCGCCGCCUCUCUUGCAAGUCACUGAUGAACCACCUGACAUAGACGAAGAAGGGAUUCCGGCCGCUGUUCACCAGCAGCCUUCCUAUCAUAAUCCAAUGUACCAAGCCUACCCAGAGGAAACCGCUGUGACAACCAUGCCACAGUAUCAGCCAGAAAGUAAAACCGAUAUCCCCAGUUCACGGAAAUCCCAUAUUACUAAAAUUGAAGUGAAAAAGAUUUAAUGUACUCCGCAGUGUUGUGCCAUAUUUGCCAGAAGAAGAACAUAACAUGAUCAAGAGUCUGAGAAAUAACUUGCUUCCACCUACGAAUGCAUAAGUAUACUGGACACGUACUUUCGUGAAAUACAGAUUUCCUAGACACACGCUUCCAUCUGUAACUACAAAUCCAAUGAAUUUGCUAUACGAUAUAUUGCAACUGUAAUAAACAGUACUUUUUUUUCCUUGAAGAAAGUUAUAUGAGACAAAAUGAAAAUUCUCACCCUCCCUCGAACUCCAAAGUAUCCCAAGAAUCCAAUUUUACGAAUAGGAAUAUUAUUUAGUGGUUUGGGAUAGACCGUCAUUAAAGAUUAUAGAAUGAAGAAUUUUUUUUCUUUCUAUUUAAGGCCGUACUCAUUUUUUAUUAAUGUUUAUAAUAUGGCGUCGGAUAAAGUGUUAAAACCACAGUGACACAGAUGAGACGGGAGAAUCCGCUGCUGCCACGCCAUGGGCUACCCUUUCGGUUAGCAGCAAGGGCUAUUUUAUAUGCACCAUCCCACAGACAGGAUUGUAUAUACCACGGUAUUUGUUUCAAACAGUUGUAGUGGAGUGGAGGGGGGGGGGGGGAGAGACUGAGAGUAGUUAAUAGUCUAAAACUCCUUAAACGGUUAAAAAAAAGAAUUUUCUUUAAGUUUCUAUAAUUGUUUCCGGAUUUGUUUUCGGUCCCGUGAUCGAUUUACCACAUCCCACCCUGUCAUUAUUCAUUCAUUCUUUAUUGACUUUGAGCUACAAAGCUCAUCAGUUACAGGAAGAAAAUAUAUAAAUAUAUAAAUACAUAAAUACACAGAUACACAAAUACACAGAUUGAUGAUUAGUUGUUAGCUGUUGUUUAGAGAGAGAAGUCUGUGUAAAACAAAUGAACCGUUAAACCAUCGCUGGGUUGUAGAUGCGGAUAGUCAAAAUGUGUGUCUUGGCAUAGGCUGACUAAUAUACUAAUAUAUGUAUAUAUAAGUGUGUUCUUUCUGGAAUAAACGUUCUCGAUGGCGUCAAAACGUAUGUAAAAGCGGAACUGAAGAAGAGUUAUAUCUUGUGUCCUAUAAAGACAGGUGCCGUGCUAAUAGGUGAUUGUAACAUGAUUAUGAUUAGAGGAUUGAAAUAUAAAAUUGUGUGGAAAAAUU